AUGUCGAUUCCUGCAGGACUCCCUGUCCCUCAGAUGCUGCCUGUGACGGCUACCUUUGCUCCUGCAUUCGCCGCCUACUAUGUCCUCCUCAACCUUCGCGUGAGCGUAGUGCGCGUGUCAUGCAACACCAUGAUGGGGGGCACCGAUUCCGCAACCAAGAAUACCCAAUCUUCAGCCGCGAAACCAUCCUCCAGUAAGGAUCUUCUUGUCAGUGCCCGCUGCCACGCCAACUUCGUCGAGAAUGUGCCGUUUGCUCUCCUGGUGGCGUCCCUCGUCGAGAUCAACGGUGGAGACAGACGGGUCCUGGCGGGUUCGUUGGCUGCGCUGCUGUUCUUCAGGAUUGCACACGUCGAGUUUGGGUUGAGGGCGAAGGAUUCCAUGGGCUGGGGCAGGCCAGUGGGGUAUUUUGGGACGCUGGGUUUCGUGGUUGGGAUGAGUUCUUAUGCGGCUUGGUUGGCAAGGAGUUAUUGGAGUGUGUAG